CAACAAAUCCUGCGAUAGCUUAUCGAAUUCAUUUUUUUAAUUUAAAUUUUAAUUAUUUAUUAUUGAUCUUGUAUUGGGCUGUUUAAUGUAAAUUGCUGUCAUGUUCAAUAGCUACUCGGUACCAUGUCUGACGAGUUUUCUGCUAAAUCUUGAACAUCUUCCAGUCAAAACCGAAAUAAUUCUUAAAAUAAAGAAGAGGACAUUGAUUACAGAAACGCCGUUGAAAAAUUAUUCGUGAUAAAUGCCAAAAAUAAAGAUUGCAUCAAAACUUUAUGGUUCUUAAGUUAAAAUUUGAUAGUUAAACGCCUCUCAACAUUUAACUGUCGGCUGUGGGUCAUCAUACCAAGUUAUUUUUUGUAAAAGGAAACGAAAAAUAGCACACAGGUCAUCCCCUGAAGAUGGGGAAAAGAAUAGAGAUUAAAACAAUGAGUACGAACAGGUCAAAGAUUAGGGGAAACGACCGAAUUGCUGGUUCAUCACUCAGACCCAGUAAACUUUCACAAGAAAUGCCAAAUGUAAAAUAAACGACAUUUAUGUUACUAGUUGUUUCCACCAUCAGACCUUGAAGGUAGAAAGUUAUCGAUCUAAAAUAUUGAAGUUCGUCAGGAUCGAUAUUUUGAUUGUAUUUCAUUUCCGGUUCUUCCCUUCCUUUUGAUUUUGACAUUCAAAAUGGGCCGAUGCAAUUUCAAGGAUAAGUCGCGAUAGCGUGCGAUGAGAAAGGAUCUUCACGGCUUCCACAUUUCUACAUGUUCUAGAGGACUCGAGUUCGAAUAUGGACCGGCUCUUUAGAGGGAUUAUGAACUACAGGGGAACGGACCGGCUGUACAUGUUGGAACAAUUUGCCCGUGUUCGCGACCAUCCAGUCCCCAAAGCAGUUUUCUUCACCUGCAUGGACAGUAGAAUGAUCCCUACCAGGUUUACAAAAACCAAUGUCGGUGACAUGUUCGUCGUUCGUAACGCUGGCAAUAUUAUUCCUCAUGCUCACCAUUUUCGAGACGAGAUAACAACAAAUGAACCAGCUGCUUUGGAAUUAGGUUGCAUUGUCAAUGACAUCAGGCACAUAAUUGUUUGUGGACACUCGGAUUGCAAGGCAAUGAACCUACUGUAUAAACUGAGAGAUGAAGAGUUUUCUAGUAAGGACAAUAGACGGAUUUCACCUUUGAGAUCCUGGCUUUGCAAUCAUGCGUACUCGUCAUUGGAAAAAUUCCAAGAGUUGGAAAUAUCUGGCUACAAGGACCCGUUGAUAUUUCAGUCUGAAACUCCGCUGAGGAAGUUUGUUGCUUACAUAGACCACGAGAAUAGAUUUUCUACCGAAGACAAACUGUCUCAGAUAAAUUGCUUACAACAAUUAGCCAACAUCGCGAGUUAUGGCUUUUUGAAGCGACGCCUUGAAAAGUAUGAACUUCACAUCCACGCUCUCUGGUUUGACAUUUACACGGGUGACAUUUUCUACUUCAGCCGGCAGAACAAGCGCUUUGUCGAAAUAAACGAAGAUACUGUUGACAAACUCUCUUUAGAGCCAAAAGUCCGAGAAGCUCUGGCUUGUCAGGAGCUUGAUUGGGAGAUGACCCGCCGAGGAUCUGAAGCGCAAGGACAAGGACACACCCGUUUGAGGAUCAGCCAUAUUCGAUUGACACACGGUUCGGGGCAAACCACGCGGAGGUGUCUCGCUUGGAGGGAAUGGCUGCUCAGUGUGUACACGCCUUGGCCCCUUAUAGGGAGCGAGUUGGCAUGGGACCCGGCAUAAAGCCGGUUCUUAUGCACGAGAGGCACCUAGGGCUGUUGGGUCUCCUAUUUCGAUUUUUAAGGAAAACGGGGUUGUUCCUCAUU